AUGGAUGGGGGUGAUUGGUGCUGUGCUGUGGGGCGCUCCAACACCUCAAGGAAGUGUAGUAAGGUGACAUUUCACCAGUUCCCGAAGGACAAGUCGCUCCGAGAGAGGUGGACCCGAGCGGUACGACGUAAGGACUGGGUCCCUAACAACAACAGCCGGGUGUGUUCGGAUCAUUUCACACCGGAUUCUCACGAUGUAAGCGUUUCUCCGAGAGAGUCGUUCGGACUGGCCAGGGCAGGGCAGCGUAAGAAACUGCGAGCGUGUGCCGUGCCGACCGAAUCCGCGUAUGCACCUCGACGGUCACGGAUUGAGCGUGGAGCUCUCGCAAAAUGGAGAAGGACGGAGCUAGUGGAGGAUGCUUUGAGGGGAACGUCAAGUAGCUGUCAAGUAUCCACAGCAGAUGCAACUCCAUCAACAGCCUGUGAGGCAAUUGAUCCUCACAAUCUCACACUGCGUUCCACGCAACUUGCUUCAGUCGAGCCCCCAAGCGACCCCGACAAUGGAGAUUUGUGCAUGAGCAACCCUGCAGCAAUGGACGAGAGCUCUAGUUUGGAUGGCGACACCGGACUGCUCCUCGUUGCACGAAUCAACCCAAGUAGGUGGACUGUGUUACUAAUUCAGCCAUUGAUAGCUGAUAGUCAAUAUAGAUUUUGA